UUAGCGGCAGCAAGCAAUUUAGGUGGCUGCCACCUAUGCAUGAGAUGAUGCUAAAGAUACUAACAGAGGAGGCUGGAAAGGGCAAUAAGCCCUCUAAUACUUUUAGGGCCGGUUCCUUUGCUCUUGUAGCGAAGGAGAUAACGGCCCAUUUCGGGGUUGAGUGCCACCCUGUAUUUGUGGAGAACCGGAUGCGGACUCUAAGGUCCAUGUGGGCAACUAUUCAAGAGCUUAGAAAGAAGAGUGGAUUCGGUUGGGACGAAAAUCUGAAAAUGAUAACUUGUGACGCUAAAACAUACCAAGAAGAAGUUAUGGCACAUCGGAAGCAUGCCGAGUAUCUGAACAAAAAAAUUGAGUUUUACGAUGAAUUAGCGAUUGUGGUGGGGAAGGACACAGCCACAGGUGCCUUUACUAAGUCCGGAGUGGAUAUCGAAAAUAAGCCAGAUAAUGGGGAUAAUGGGGAUAGUGCAGAGUUUGUGGCAGAUAAUGUGGAUGAAUGUGUGGUUGAAAAGGGGAAGAACGCAAAUGAAUCAUCCACCACUGGGUCGGGAAUUUCCAAGUCCCGCAAAAGAGGGCGUGCAGCUUCUAAUGCUGAUGAUAGUGUGCUGACUGAUCUGUCUGAUCAGCUGAAGGAAAUAGCUGUCGCUCUGAAAGAAAUUAAUCGGGGCCCGGUAGAUUACACAACUUUGUAUAAUGAGGUAAUGGCUAUGAUGGCGGAUGGAUAUAGCGAAGAUAUGCUCGCUACUGCCUUCGACCAUCUUUGUGAGAAUGAGAAGACGGCACGUGGAUUUUUAGCCAAGAAUGCUAGGUUGAGGAAGCUGUGGUUAGAUGGUUAUUUUUUCUCACAAAUUUGAUUUGCUUAUUUCAUGUUGACUGUGAUGGUAGAUUUACGAAUUAAC